UCAUAGCAAAGCACUCAUCCCAACAAUGGCUUCUUCUUCUACUAUACCUUUGUGCACCACCACUACUCCCUCUUCUUCUUCAUCCUUCUUUGCAAAACCCUCUCAGCUUUUCCUUCACGGAAGGAAUAAGCAAAGUUUCAAGGUUUCAUGCAAUGCCAACAACACUGGCGAGCAUGACAAAAACCCUGAUGGUGUUGAUAGGAGAAAUGUGCUUCUUGGUUUAGGAGGGCUCUAUGGUGCUGCUAAUCUUGCACCAUUAACCGCCACUGCUUCUCCUAUACCAUCCCCUCCCCUCAAUUCUUGUAGUACAGCCCUGAUAAAUUUUCCUCAAGGUCCACCUGUACCUUACAGUUGUUGCCCCCCUAAGCCAGAUGACAUGGACAGCGUUCCAUAUUACAAGUUCCCUUCUAUGACCAAACUCCGUAUGCGUCCGCCUGCUCAUGCGGUUGAUGAGGAGUACAUAGCCAAGUACCAGUUAGCCACUAGUCGAAUGAGGGCACUGGAUAAAGACCCUUUUGACCCUCUUGGGUUCAAGCAACAAGCCAAUAUCCAUUGUGCUUAUUGUAACGGUGCUUACAUGAUUGGUGACAAAAAGUUACAAGUUCAUGAAUCAUGGCUGUUCUUCCCAUUCCAUAGAUGGUACUUGUACUUCUACGAGAGAAUCUUAGGAUCUCUCAUUAAUGAUCCAACUUUCGCUUUACCAUAUUGGAACUGGGACCAUCCAAAGGGCAUGCGUUUGCCUCCCAUGUUCGAUAUUGAAGGCUCUUCGCUGUACGACGCAAGACGUAACCCGCACGUCCGUAACGGAACCAUAAUUGAUCUUGGUUUUUUUGGUGACGAGGUCCAAACAACUCAACUCCAGCAGAUGACUAAUAACUUAACUCUGAUGUAUCGUCAAAUGAUAACUAACGCUCCGUGCCCGCUACUCUUCUUUGGUCAGCCUUACCGUCUGGGAAGUGAUAUCGACCCAGGGCAGGGAACCAUUGAAAACAUCCCUCACACUCCUGUCCACAUUUGGACUGGUACAGUGCGAGGUUCAGAUUUGGGUAAUGGUGUCUCGUCAUUCGGUGAGGAUAUGGGUAAUUUCUAUUCAGCUGGUUUGGACCCUGUUUUCUAUUGCCACCACGGCAAUGUGGACCGGAUGUGGAAUGAGUGGAAACAAAUAGGAGGGAAAAGAAGGGAUAUCUCAGACAAAGAUUGGUUGAACUCGGAGUUCUUUUUCUACGAUGAAAACCGCAACCCAUGGCGUGUCAAAGUCCGAGACUGUUUGGACUCUAAGAAGAUGGGAUACGAUUACGCACCAAUGCCCACCCCAUGGCGUAACUUUAAACCAAUAAGAAAGGCCACAUCAGGGAAAGUGAGUACAGGUUCACUUCCACCAGCCAGCAAGGUAUUCCCACUCGCGAAGCUGGACAGAGCCAUUUCCUUUUCCAUCAAUAGGCCGGCUUCCUCAAGGACUUCACAGGAGAAAAAUGAACAAGAGGAGAUACUAACAUUCAAUCAUGUCAAGUAUGAUAAUAUGGAGUAUAUAAGGUUUGAUGUUUUCCUCAACGCAGACAAGACGGUGAAUGCGGAUGAGCUUGACAAGGUUGAGUUUGCAGGAAGCUACACCAGCUUGCCACACGUUCAUGGAGAUAAUAAUACUGCCUCUCAUGGUGCGGAUGUUACUUUCCAGCUUGCCAUCACUGAACUGUUGGAGGACAUUGGAUUGGAAGAUGAAGAUACUAUUGCGAUAACUCUGGUUCCAAAGAAAGGUGGUGAAUUGAUCUCCAUUGAAGGUGUGGAGAUCAAGCUUGUGGAUUGUUAAGUCCCGCUUUGGUGGCUAUGGUGCCAAAAAUUUCAGCGCGUGUUUAGUUUUCAUUUCUCUGUUAAAAUAACAACUGGAUUGCUGAUUGUCUUUCUAGUUGUUGCUAGAUCUGGAAUAAAUGUUUGUCUCCAUGCAAAUUUCAAUGUGAUUCUCAUCUUUAUCGGCUUAA